AUGGGUCAGAAGCACCCUGGUUUCUCAUGGAGUUCACCUGGGGGUACUACAAAUGCAUGGCAACAAAUCAACCCCAGAUUUCAAGGACAAGGAGCUCCUGGUUUUGUAAAUCAGCCGAGGCUGCAGUUUCAGCCUCAACAGCCAAUUCAGUCUGGGUUAGAAAAUCUAAUGAAGUCUUUCAUUGUCAAGACAGAUGAGAGUCUAGAUGCUCAUGGUGUAGCUAUCAAAGGACUUAGCACAGGAACUCUCCCGGCUGAUACUAAAAGAAACCCUAAAGAAACAAAAGAGGUUGUACCUGAAAAAGAAUGUGGGGAGAAGCUGAAAAUUGAUGUUGAAAAGAAGAAGAAAGGCAAGAAGGGAGCUAACAAAAACAAGAAGGAGGAAACUUCGAGAUGGGAGGAACAUGAUUUGAGCGAACAUAUGCUUGCUCUACCUUUUUCCCAAAAGUUAUAUAGAGAAAAUCUGGGCAAGCAAUUUGAGAGAUUUCUAGAUAUGUUGAGACAGGUUAAUGUAAAUUUACCAUUCACCGAAGUGCUCUCACAAAUUCCAGUUUAUGCCAAGUUCUUGAAGGAGAUCCUGACAAAGAAGAGGAAGAUAGAAGAGACAUUAGUGGUCAGGCUCACAGAGCAUUACAGUGCAAUCUUGCAAAACAAACUCCUACAAAAGAAACUGGAGAGUGAGAUUGGAGAGAUAAGGUCUGCACCAAUAUCUUUGCAGCUAGCAGACCAAACAACCAUAAUACCCGAGGGGAUAGUGGAAGAUGUCUUAGUUCGGGUGGAUAAGUUCGUAUUUCCUAUAGAUUUCAUAGUGGUGAAGAUGGAGGAGAACAAGGAGAUACCCCUAAUCUUAGGAAGACCAUUCUUAGCAACUGGUAGACCAAUUUUAGAUAUACACGAAAGGAAGCUCAUGCAUAGAGUGGGUGAGGAGAUGGUGAUUUUCAAGAUGGAUUUAGAAACAGGGGUGAAAAAGGAGAAGCCAGCUGCAAGUGUUGAGUGGAAAGCGAAGGGCGUGGAAGAGAAGGCUGCAUUAAGUGAAAAAGACAAGUGUUACCCCAAGAAGGCUGAAAAGAAGCUGUCUGCAUGGAUGCGCACACUAGUUAGGGCAAAAAGAAUGGAGCCCGACUUUGAUUCAGACCCCGGCUAG